CCUAUUUCUCUAGGUGUGAAGCGCAAACGUUUUUAAAGGAAGUUAGUCAAUGUUUUUUAUUGCUGUCAUCAAAAUCCUGCAAAUUAAUCUUCGUAAUGGCCUGUUCACUUUUCUGUCAAGUAUAAUUAGUAAAUACGUGUGUGUAAGCCUUGGUCAAAUUCGGUAAGCAACGUGAAAAAGGGGUGUCAGAUGUCGGUGAUUUAGUUAGCUUGCUAACAUUUAGUUUACGUUAGCAGUAACGUUAGAUGGAUAACGACGUUGGCUAAAGCCCACUUGCAAAGCUUUCUUUGCUAGAACACCUGUUUCCUUCUAAGCAGACAAUUAACAUUCUUCGAGUUAGACUAAGUUAGCUAACUUUGCAGAGGAAACGAAACAAAUCGUGUAAAUGGAUGGAUCGGACGCAAAGAUGCUAAAUUGUGCGAUGAAGACCGACCUCAACUUGCUGCUUGAGUGCCUCAAGUAUCAGAUGAAUUGUCCUGAUGCACAGAAGCAAGCUCUACACACCAUCUACUCCAUAUGUCAAGAGAAAGGAGAAGUUAUAGACUAUUUCCGGGAGAUGGGUGGCGUGCUGUUUGUUUACAACCUCUCUAAAUCCAGCCAGCACUUGGAGGUGAUGGAGGCUGCCCUCUUUACUCUGGGCGGCCUGGCAGAGAACAAUGUGUUUUGCCAGCAGGCUCUGUGCAGAGCGGACAUCUUCACAUACAUGAUGCAUUUGCUUGUGGAGGACUCCCCGCUGACCCUGAAAAGGGUCGUGGUGUACAUGGUGUUGGUCCUUGUCACCAACAACAGAUCCGGUCAGACGCUUGCCAAGGCUACAGGCUGCAUUGAAGUCCUUCUGGAUUUGUUCAGGACAAGUUUUCCCAUCUCGACUGAAGACAUGAGACUGGCUAACGUCGCUCAGCUUUGCCAGCUUUGGACGUCUGUGUCGAGUGCUCUGUGCGGCUGUGUCAAUAACCCGCAGAACGAAGAGAACCAGUUGAUAUGCAUGACCGUCUUCCCUGAGGCGAAGACGUGGCUGGAGCGACUCGCACUGCCGAGAGUGGAGAUCAUGCAGCCAAUCACGUCCUUAAUAGGGAUGAUCGUGGCUAAUAAUCCGUCCGCCCAGGAGGGCUUUGCCUCGACGGGGGCCCUGCAGACCCUGGCCCGGGCCCUGGUGAGGUUUGCUGCGGAAUCCGGCCGCAGCCCCCUGGCUCGCGACCUGGCCGUCACGGUGACCAAGACCCUGAGCGCCUGCAUCACCGACAAGGCUCCUCUGGCCGCAGGACUGGCUGAGUACCAUCUGGUGCCUCAGCUGCUGACCCUGCUCUCCUGCCCCGGCCUGGACCUCCGGAACCGGCUGUGCAUCGUCCUCACUCUGGGCCACUGCACAGAGUCCUGCGAGGAACACCAGCUCCAGCUGCUGCGCGCGGGCGGGCUGCCACUCAUCAUCCAGCUGCUGACCCAGACUCAGGACGAGGAGCUGAGGAGGGCCGCCACGUUCGUACUGCACACCUGCAAGCAGAUGACUUCGACCCUUGGGACAGACGGAGCGAAGCGCUCUCCCCAGGUCCACCUCCACGACCCCGCGGCCUGGGCGGAGCCCCCCGGCGAUGUGCAGAGUUACAGGAGGUCAGCGUGGGAAAUGCAGGCCCGGAUAGAACAGCUGGAGAAGCUCCAGAGAGAGAGUGCGUUGGGAGGUGUGAGUGAGGGGGAGAGGGAAGGGGUGAAUUCCUCAGAUAAGUGCCGCGGGCCGGGGAGGGAUGAGACGCCGCCAGCCUCCCGCUCCUCCCGCACGUUCUGGGAGGGGGCUGGUGCGGUCCGGAGGCACGCAGGCCGGUCUGAGGCCCGCACGCUGGAGCGCACCCCGGCCCGGCCCAGAACCCGGCCUCCCAGACAGGAGCCCCACGGAGACUGCGGGGGCCCAGCCAGGCCACUGACGGGCUCGGUCAGGAGGCAGAUCUUCCAGGCCAGCGCUGCACCACAGAAUCCAGCCGCACAGCAGUCGGCCCCGUCCAGCCGCAGUACCGCCGCACAGCCACCAGGUGGAGCGUCUCGGCCAGGCCGUCCCGUGCGGCUGGGGGGCAGCGCGCGUUCUGCAUGCGGCAGGAUGUCCCUCCGCUCGACCCCUCCAGCCACGGGGCGUCCCGGGGAGCUGCAGGGGGCGGCCCACCCUCCAGCCGCGCUCCCGGAGAGCCCAGUCAUGUUCAAACGUCCUUAUCCAGCCAUGGAACGAGCUGGACGCUGUACCAGGCCAGCAUGCAGAGAUCACAUGUCCCUGUGUUCGGACGUCCUGGAGAGCGAGAUCAGGAGGAUUCUGCGCACGCCCCGCGCCGCGACCAAGCGCGCCUCCUUCCGAUGCUCAGGGUGCGCCCCGGGCCUCUCCGUGCUCAACAGCCGCAGUUUUGGCCGGAUCCUGCGCUCCUGCCGGCACCGGUGCGACCGGCACGCCGCCCUGCUGGAGGCCGAGACCCGGCUCAAACGACGGGUCGGAACCGAGCCGGGACACCGCCGACGGGACCGCGGCGCGCAAAUCAGCCUGACUCCCCUCAGCAAAGGCUCCUCUCUCUGGCCAGGCUCCUCAGAGAUCUGGAGUAAAGCUGGCCCAGCAUGGAUAACUCUCACUCCUAUUAAGAAACGUCAGGAGCCUGAAGAGGAGAGUGCAUACCACAGGGAGGGGUCCACCUCCGAGGAACAUCAGGAAGCCCGGCGUGGAGGCGAGCAUUGGGAAGAGCGCGCUUCAAACAGGAGGAAGAGAAAGAACUUCACUCAGGACGAAGUCCAGUAUCUGCUGAACGGGGUGAAAAGGUUGGGCCCCUGCUGGAACUCCAUACUGUGGUCCUUCCCCUUCCAAAAAGGCCGAACCAAUGUGGACUUGGCCAAGAAAUUCACUCGCUUGCAGAAGGAGAUGCCACAAGUAGAGUUUCCAAAAGCCUGAUGUAGGAAAGCCAGAAACCCACGGGAAGAGUGAUCAGUUAAUAUACCUUAUUAUAUUGUUCGAAUCAUUUAAUUCAUGAAAUAUUUUGUAUUGUUAUUUCUGGUUUGUUUCUUGGACGUGUUGAGUCAAAAAAUGUUUUUGGGAGGAAUUGUAUGAUUGCCCUUUACAUUAAAAAUGUUACGUAUAUUUAAAAAGAUAGUCUGAAAGUCAGACAGCUUUGACAGGAAUCC